AUGCUGCCUGCCUUCUACAUCUACACCUACUUAUCUAAGAACACCACCGCGUCAAGGAUCUCCACAACACACGACACCACCAUCAUAACUAGACCAGCAGCCCAAACACAUACGACCCGCCGAAACGAGAGCUCCAAAGCACCAAUUGCAAGACGAGCCCCUCAUAUACUACAUAGUAGUCCGAAUGACCUGGACACUAUCAAUUCGACAAUUGCCCACCCCGAACCACCUACCUACCCACCCACGCGCCCGCCCGCCCGCCAGCAGGAUAAAUGCCGCCCGCCAGCAGAUGGAGAUGUAUACACGAGCGGGAAUGGCCUCAAUCCAGCAACCGCGGAUGAACCCAUCCCUUAG